CACCAGAUGUCGCCGUCUCUGGCGCGGGAAAGCAUGCGUGGGAUAGUGAGCAAGCAACCAUCGUGCCUCAUUAUUGCACGUGCACGCCCACACCCUGCACGCCCCGUCUGUGAGACCAACACCAACAUCGAGGUAAGAGAACGUUCAUCAUGAAGAGGCGAUGGGAGGACGACGAGGAAGGCGAGGAGGCACAGAGGAAGAGGAGAGUAGUGGCGUCGGCGGGGGGCGGCGCGGCGGAACAAAGGAGUGGCGUGGUAACGGUCGUGGCGGCGGCGGCGGACAAGUUCAAACCCACGCCACUGCGCCCGAGUCGCCCCAGGACGCCGCCGCCCACGCUCGCACGAAUCCGCACAGCGCCCAUGACUCGGGAACCUCUUGCAUCUCUCACCCUGGAGGUAACAAAGAACAUGUUGAGACAACCAGGAUAUGUGGAGAAUUGGAGAGAGGAAUGUGGGGUUAUGAUGAACCUCUUCUAUAGUGCAUUAUGCUGGCCAUCGCACAUAGACCGUGUUCUCCUUCGUGGUCUUGUGGCGGACUUCAUUAGAAAGUAUUGUGAGGAAAUGGAAGGAGAUGACAUGAAUGCAUUAUUUCAUGCUCAGCAUGAACGGCGGAAAUGUGGAACUUUCACCGCCAUGGUUCUGCUUCAUGCUAACCUCCUCCCUGAUGAUAGCCUCCCAUUGGAGAAGCUAAGAACUCUGCCUUUAGAUUCAAAAUGGGAUGGGCUUUCCUCUGUCCCAGCAUGGCUGGUAGACUACAAGGAUAGCUUGUUGCCCUUUAAUUCUUUCCUUCUCCUGUCCGCAGAGGUGCAGCAGUGUGGAUGGUUGGGGAGAGGUUCAGGUGCUGGGAAUACUUACUUAGGAGUACUUUGCAGUUUUUUACAGGCGGUAGGACUGUACAGGAAGGAAGACUUUACCAGUAGCCUUCGGAUCUUGGAGACUAUCCCUAGGAGUCUGUGUGGAACAGAAUUAGAGGGCUGUGUGUUGUGGCUGACAGGGCUAGGCUUGGCCAAGCUUGGGAAGCCUCAUACAGCUAUGCUGAAGUUUGAGGCAGCUGUGAAGGCAUGCGAGGCCUGUCUCCCUGCAGUCUAUAACAUUUCCCGCAUCUUUCAUCAGACAGAUAUGGUUACUGCAGAACUCGAGUGUCUGGCAUUAUUAGCAGCGGGUAGGGAGGAGAAAAAUGAGUGUCUAGGCUGCCCUAAUCUCCAGGCUGCUCUCUUGGGUCUCUACCAGACCAGACCUGCCGAUUUACAGAUGCGGGCUCAAUUCCUGCUAGCAGCUCGCUGCCUACAGAUUAAGAUGCACAAAGAGGCAAGUAGCAAGUUUUCAGUCCUAUUAGAAAGGUUAGAGAACUCAACAGUGAAAUCUUCAAUAACUGCUAAAGGCAGUGCCUGGCUGCAGAGUGAAGACCAAGUUCCUGAAGUACCUUGUAAGGAAACUGUGAUUGUUCAAGCUGCCAUUGCUCAUCUGGGAGACCAGAAUAUUCACUCUGCUCAUGAAAUCUUGCAGCAGAUUGAUAGUGAAGAUUUGGAACAGGAAAAAUGUAAUGCCUAUGAAAAGGAUGGGAAAGAGAAGCUAAGAAUUUUUACCACCGCUGCAGGAUGUCUGACAAAGAUUGAUGCUCUGGUUAAGUUGGGAAAGGAGGUGGAGGCCCUGAAAGUAUGUGUUAGGUUAGACCAAGCAUUGUCAUGGGUGAAAUAUGCCCAAGUGUUGGAAAACAGAGGAUGGGAGUUGGUAGGUGUCAUGCUGAAGGCGUUGCUGUACUCAUGGCUUGCACACCUUCAUGGCAUCAAGAAAAAUGAACAGAGCCAGUGUCAUUACCAGAGAAGAGCGGCUCAGAAUUGCAGGAUGCUACUAGAUGCACCGUCGAUCCCAACCUGUUCAGAGCUUACCCUAACAGAGUCUCUUGCUCUAGAUAAUAUCUAUAGUUACUUGACAUCAAAGCUUCAAGAUCUUAGUGGGAAGUGAUAUUGUUCUAGUACUAGAGAAGAAUGUGAGAUAUUAAAUGUUCUUCAAAAUAAAAGUUAUUUUAUCUU